AUGGCCCAGCAUGCGCGGUGCUGUCUACCUAGCUUUGGUACCACCUUUGGUGGCUCUAAACGACCUCUUUCAAUCAGAACAAGAACAACCCCUUCGCAAAGUGCCAAGUUACUCUCCGCAUUUGAACAUAACUCGUUAGAUUCAUUACUGAAGACCGCGUGGGCCUUGCUGCUCUACCGAUAUACUGGCUUAGAAGAUGUUUGCUUUGGGUAUCAACACUACAGUUUUGACGGUGGCUCUUUGGGUCCCCAUUCGUCGGACUCCGAAGGAUUGUUGGUGUGCAAGCUCACAAUUUAUGAGGGCGAUACGAUCAAUACCCUCCUGAAGAAAUCCCGGGGGACAAGGGAUUUCGAGAAAGUCGUUGGUAUGGGUGGGGGGACCAAUGCCAAUGUCGAUGAUUGUUCGCUAUUCAACACUACCGUCAUGGUACGAGUCUGCGGUGACCGCGCAAAAGGAGGGAACUCUGUACGACCAAUGCUCCCGACUAUUCUUCCAGAGGAGUGUGGUGCUCGCCUCCAUGUCAAGGUAUUGCAGGAAGACAUCUGCAUCUUUCUAGAAUGGUGGAAUACCGAUAUCUCGGCGACACAGAUGGAAAGUGUCGCUCGCUACUUCGAGAAUUUGCUCGACCUGACCCUCUCAAACAAGGAUAUUACGGCCAUUGACGCAGGCGGCUUCCUUGAAUAUGACUGGUCGCGGAUUUGCGAGUUCAAUUCCGUAAUUCCCGAGGACUGUGAUCGGUGUAUCCACGAGGUCAUACGCGAAAAAGCGCGUCUUCAUCCACAGCGGGAAGCUGUAUGUGCCUGGGAUGGAAACUUCACGUACGAAGAAUUAGAUUGCCUUGCGACUAAGCUUGCAUCUCAUUUGCAAGCGCAGAAUGUUGGCCCGGAGGCUCGCGUUGCCCUCUGCUUUGAUAAGUCGAAAUGGAACGUUGUGGCGAUGCUGGGUGUUUUAAAGGCUGGUGGCGCAUUUGUCCCCCUCGACCCAACUCAUCCGACCUCUCGUCUGCGGUCCCUAAUUGACUCCGUGGAGGUCAAGAUCAUGCUUUGCUCUAGAAAUAGAGAGGAGUUUUUGAGUACGGUGGCGGAGAGCUUGAUACCUUUAGAUGAACAGUUUCUCGCCGAGAUAUCUCCGCCACCUGCCGGAGCUGUUACGCAAAACGAAGUGAACGGCAGUAACGCAGCCUACCUGGUCUUUACCUCUGGAUCAACUGGGCAACCCAAGGGUACCUUGCUCGAGCAUAGGGCCUUUGUCUCGGCCGCAAUGUCCUAUGGCCAGCCAAUGGAUAUGGAUUCCGAAUGCCGGAUAUUACAAUUCGCAGCACACACAUUCGACGCAAGUCUUUUCGAAUCAAUAUCCCCGCUGAUACAUGGAGGCUGUACAUGCAUUCCGAGCGACGGCGAGCGCAUGAACGACGUAAUCCAGGCAAUAAACAGGAUGAGAGUCAACGUUGUCUGCCUAACACCGUCAUUUGUGCGUUUCAUCAACCCAUCGAGCAUACCCAGGGUAAAGACCAUUAUCCUAGUCGGCGAGGCAAUGUCCCGCGCAGACCUGGAAACAUGGUCCCAUAUCAAGCUUGUGAACGGAUACGGGCCCACAGAGAGUGCCGUCUGUGCUGCGAUCAAUUCCGAAAUUCAUAUGGCUUCUGACUGCCGCGAUAUUGGAUUGCCCACGGGUGUGCACUUUUGGAUCGUAAACCCAAAUGACCAUGAUCAGCUUGUUCCUGUGGGAAGUCCAGGUGAAUUGCUACUUGAGGGACCUACUCUUGCGCGGUGUUAUAUCAACAACCCGGAAAAGACGAACGAGGUCUUCAUCUAUAACCCUAAGUGGUCACGCCAAGAUUCCCGCGGCGAUCGCAGGUUUUACAAGACGGGGGAUUUGGUAAGAUACAACUCUGACAAAGGUUCACUAAUUUUCAUAGGGCGGAAAGAUACACAGAUUAAACUUCAUGGGCAGCGAAUUGAGUUGGGCGAGAUUGAGAACAAUAUCAGCACCCUUCCCAUGAUCAAGCACUGCAUAACAUUCUUCUGCAAAUCAGGAUCUGCCAAGGGGAAGAUUGUGGCUGUGAUAUCUUUACAGGGCGGAUCAUCUUCGAGUACUGAGCCACUCAAGCUCUUGGAACAGCCAGGGAGGAAUUCAGCUGUCGCGGAACUUCGGGAGUUACUAUUGAACAGACUUCCGACUUACAUGAUUCCCUCAGUAUGGCUGUGCGUCGAAUCCCUUCCACUACUACCAUCCGGGAAAUUGAACAGGAAAGAGAUCGUAAGCUGGGCAACCAACCAAACAGACGAUCUCCAUAGCAAAGAUGCCGAAUCUAGCAAUGACGAACCUACACCGACAACACAGGUCGAAGAAACAGUCGAGGACUGUCUAAUCUCAAUAUGGAGUCGCGUCCUCGCUACACCACGAAGCAAGAUUAGCGUCGAAGACGGCUUUCUAGCUCUAGGCGGCGACUCCAUAGCUGCCAUAACUUGCAUGGGCUACUGCAAGAAACAGGGCAUGGGGGUUACAGUGCAAGAUAUCUUGCAGAGCAGAUCAAUCCGAGAUCUGGCAACGCGUGUAAAAGAGAUUAGUCGGCCCGUGGAAUACCGAGAAGCGACUGAGCAGCCAUUUGAGCUCUCGCCUGUCCAGAAACUUCAUUUCAUGAUCCGGGAUGAGGGCCAGGGGUACUUUAACCAGGGGAUUCGGACACGAUUGAAUCAACGGGUUAGCGUGGAGGAUAUGCGUCGCUCGAUUGAAGUGAUUGUCAAGAAGCAUUCUAUGCUGAGGUCUCGGCUUGUUGUUGAUGCUGUGGCUGAAGGCCUCCAACAGCGUAUCACUGAAGAGGUGGAUUCGUCGUAUCGGUUACGUUUUCACAAUAUUGAAGAGGAGGCUCAGAUUGAUAGCGCCGUUGCUGAUAGCCAGUUGUGCAUCAACGCGGUCGAGGGCCCGAUAUUGUCUGUGGAUCUAUUCGCCUCCGGGGACGACUACUUCUUUUCUAUGGUUGCUCAUCAUUUGGUCGUUGACAUUGUAUCUUGGAGGAUUAUCUUGGAAGACCUCGAAGAUAUUCUACUUCAUCCCGAAGACAAAGCCUCCAAUACCCAGUCUCUUCCGUUCUCCACAUGGUGUCGUUUGCAGGAUGAGAGGACACAUGCCUUGAGCGAAGUUUUGGGCGAUGUACCCACGCUCGAUUUCGCUUAUUGGGGGGCCGAAGACCAGGUUGUAACCUAUGGAGAUGUUACCUGCGAGACAUUUGAGCUUGACCUAGAUGAUUCCUAUUCGAUACUAAUGGGAUGUCAUAGGAGUCUAGGAACCGAACCAAUCGAUGUCCUACUAGCGUCACUUUUACACUCAUUUGGUCAAACAUUUACAGACCGGCCAUUACCUGCUAUCUUCAAUGAGGGACAUGGAAGGGAAGUCUGGGAUCCCACGAUUGACAUCUCUCGCACAGUUGGCUGGUUCACUACAGUGUAUCCCAUCUCAAUUGCGGGUCAAGUGCCGGAUGACCCCGUUGGAACCGUCGUGCACGUCAAAGAUUUGCGCAGGCGCGUCUCGGAUAAUGGAAGACAGCAAUUUGCGAGUCGAAUGUCUACCCAAAGCCAUCCUUGCCCGAUGGAACUCACCUUCAACUACGUCGGCCAACAUCGCGAUCUACAAAGACAGGAUGGCCUGUUCCAGCUCAUGAAUCAAAUGGCCGGUGAAACUGGCCAGGGCGGAGGUGCAUCCGACUUUGGGCGAGAUACUCCUCGAUUUGCACUGUUCGAGAUAUCAGCCCUUGCUGUGAAUGGAAGGAUCCGUUUUGUAUUCUCUUUCAGCAAAUAUAUGAAGCAUCAAGAGAGUAUUCGGACGUGGAUUGCUAGAUGUGCGGACGUGCUCAGGUCUCUGGGGAGAACACUCCAGACUAUUCCUACGAAACCAACAUUGAGUGACUUCCCAAUGUUAUCUUUGACGUACCCGCAGCUCGAUAAUAUGCUGUCGAAGAAGCUACCGAGUAUCGGUGUAAGCUCCUCGGAGCUUAUCGAGGAUAUCUACCCGUGUUCUCGUAUGCAGCAAGGCAUUUUACUUGCUCGAUCUCGGGAUAGUUCUUUGUAUGCCGUUCACGACACGUAUGAAGUAUUAGGCCUUGAAAGCAAGCCUAAUGCUGUUCAUUUGACUUGCUUGGACGACGGCGACGUGGUAUCGACAUUCAACGGCCAACAGCCUGCACACCACAACGGGUCUCAGCCACACCACCGCCUAACUGUUUGCGAGACACCAGGCGGCCGAUUGUUCUUUAGAAUAGAAAUAAGCCACGCGGCUAUGGAUGGUGUGUCGAUUGCAGUUAUCCUGAGAGACCUCCAGCUCGCGUACGACGGAAAAACCGAUACCCACAAGCCACUGUUCAAGAACUUCAUGCAUUAUCUGCACAAUACUCCACAGGAAGCCAGUAUUAAGUACUGGAGCAAGUAUCUGGCGGGGAUUAAGCCUUGCCUUUUCCCUGCACUUACCGAUGGCAAGAAUGUCUCACAGAAGCAGCUCAAAACUUUGCGGCUCAAUUUCGGUUCUUUCAGUGAAUUGCAGUCUAUCUGUGAGAAAAAAGCUCUGACACUCUCAACUGCUUUUACUGCCGCCUGGGGGCUCACAAUUCGCUUAUUCUGCAACUCGGAUGAUGUGUGCUUUAGCUAUAUGACUUCUCUGAGAGAUGCAAUGGUUGAUGAUAUUGAGUCAAUUGUCGGGCCCGUUAUCAACCUUCUUGCCUGUCGAAUGAGGGUAUCCAAAGAUGAGCCACUCCGGGAUAUCCUUCAAAGAGUCCAGAACGACUGCAUGCAACAGUUGCCUCACAACAGCCUGUCAUUCAUCGACAUCCAACAUGAACUCAAGCUAUCCGACACAGCAUUGCUCAAUACUGGAAUAUCAUACCAGAAGACGGCCAAGAUGGAAAUUCAACCGUCUUCGGAAAUAGUUCUUUCUCGAGUCGGUACGAUCCAGGAUCCCGCUGAGUACCCGCUCUUUGUCAACGUCGUGGCCUCGGACAAGGUUGCAGAAAUCGAGUUGAAUUACUGGACGAACACAUUAUCUGAUGAGCAGGCUAAUAACGUCUCCAGUGUAUUCUUGAAAUUCCUCGAUGACAUUGUUCAUCACCAUGGAGAUCAGAUUGACCGACUGGAAACUUUGAGCGAGUGGAAUAAGCAGCGGAUAAGGAAGUGGAAUAAACAGCUUCCUGAAGAAACUGACACGCUUGUCCAAGAUAUCAUUCAAGAAAAGGCUGUCUCCCAAGCCGAUGCACCUGCUAUUGUAUCCUGGGAUGGAACUCUUACUUACGCCGAACUUGAGCACCUGUCGUCGCGUCUCGCCACUUAUCUCCUGCAACAUGGAGUGCGCACGGGGGCCCUGGUGCCUAUUCAUUUCAACAAAUCCGUUUGGCAAGUUGUGGCUAUAUUGUCUAUUCUGAAAGCCGGCGGUGUAUGCAUUCCAAGAGACAAGACCCAACCAGGGAGCAGCCUUGACAAAUGGCUCAUUGACAACGGUGGGCUCAUCGCAGUUACGUCCCUCAAUGGGGCUGAAUUGCUAGAGGGAACGUUUCCCGUUGUCCUACCUAUUGAUAAGUCGAUCAUUGAGGCCCUGCCCAAUUCUAGAUUUAUCAAUUCCAGCCAGCCACGGCCUUACGACGAUGGUUAUGUUGUCUUCGAUACUGAUGGGUCGGCCGUGAUUUUGGGCCAACGCGCAAUCGUGUCCCGAGCAGCAUCCUUUGCGUCCGCAACCAAUAUGGAUUCUGCAAUGAAAACAUUCCAAUUUGCUCCCUUUACGUCUGAUAUGUUCCUGCAGGAAUUAAUUGGUACAUUUAUGAAUGGAGGCUCCGUUUGCAUCCCUGAAAGUAACUCCAUCAACCAGCUGUCGCACUCGAUCAAUGCGACAGGCGCGAACUUCGCCAGUCUCACGCCAUCAAUCGCCUCUUUGCUUGAUCCAUCAGAAGUCCCGGGAAUCCAAGUGUUGGCUCUGUUUGGGGAGCCUUCAACAAGAGACGUUCAGAAACUAUGGUCCGAGAAAGUCCAACUUCAUUCUUUCCUCGGAGCACUUGAGUGCUCUUCUACUUCCAUCCAAGACACCAGGUCAGACCACCUGGGUGCAUUACCGACAAUCAAAGCCAGCGAAGGAUGUUGUUCCUGGCUGGUUGAUCCGUCCAACUCUGCCAACCUAGUUCCCGUGGGAUGUGUUGGUGAGCUGGUCAUCGAAGGCCCUGGCGUCUCUCGCGGACAUCUGUGUGAUGAGACACAAAAGCGGAGUGCAGAAAGUUUCAUAAAAGAUGAAGGUGGAAUUGUGGAAUCAACCAAAAGGACAUACUCGCGCUUCCCAAGGCUCCGCCAGCAAAUGUUCAAGACGGGAUAUCUGGCUCGUUACAACUCCGACGGAUCUCUGGUGUACUUCGGAAGGAAAGAUGGCGAGACAAGCCAGAACUCACAGAUGAUUGCAUUUGAGAGUGAACAUAUUCUUAAUACAAUAGAGUUGCCGGGCUAUCGAUGUAUCGCCGAAGCAAUUGAUCUAGGGGUUGAAGAAUACCCCGAGACCUGUGUGGCUAUUUUCAUUCUCUCGACGGAUGCACAGCCAACAGUGACGAAGGAGCAUACAGCAGUAAUUUCGCCCAAAACCAACGAGUCACACCAAGCUAUGGUUAAGCUUCAUGCUCAUCUGGCAGCUUCAUUGUCUACAUGCCAGACUCCCAGCCUCUACGUACCCGUUUCAGGAUUACCCUUGACCCCACUGGGAACGGUGAGCCGUUUGCUACUCAAGGACGCAGUGCGAACCCUUUCAAUGGAAUCAUUGCUCGAGUACGACGUGAAAAAAUUCGGGGAGUUUUGGCGCCACGAGUUGGAGAAACCCUCUGUCUCAGGGAAACUCCUGCUGCAACCAUUUUCUACCCAAGGACCUCCAGCCCCAAAGAUGGCUGAUAAGAAUAUCAAGAUACCAUGGACUGGUGCCAUGCAAAAGUCGAGGGCAAGAGAAUCAUUACUUUGCGCUUGGGCUUUGGCCAUCCACAGUUAUACUCAAUGUGACGAUAUCAUUCUGGGCGAGUUAUUAAUGAGCACUGAGGGAAGCUCCCGAACGAUUGUGCCUCGGCGAGUUCGAAUCGACAAAACAGAGAGCAUAGCUGGGAUCCUUGAGCGUACAUGCUCUUCUUUGAUUGCGUCUAAGCCCUUCGAGACAGCAUUGGUUUCGUCAAUCAGUCAUCUAAACGCAGAUACUGCCCGCGCCUGCGACUUCGAAACUGCCCUUUCUAUCUCAUUUGUGGGUGCAGAUCAGCAAAAGGGAUACCUGGAGAGCGUAGAGGCAGAACAAGAUGUACACUCCAAACUCUCCGUGUGUCCGCUAGUCAUUUUCUGUACCAUCGAAGAGACAGGGGUGCAGCUAGCCGCUCGCUAUGAUGACAGGGUUCUAUACCAUUCUCAGGUCGAGCAGUUACUGGCCCUAUUUGGCGAAUGUAUAAAUGUCUUUGGGCCAACGAUUGGGCUGAGGGAGAAAGUCGGCGAUCUUGCAAAACGAGGUGAAAGCCUUCAAGUCUUUAAUGACACGGUCAACUACUGGAAAGAGUACUUGGCUGAACUCGAGCCAUGUCUAUUCCCAGCGCCGAAUCCUAAAAAGGAACAAAGCAAGAUCAGUAUGGAGACUCUGAGAUUGCCGAAUGUGUCGAAGAUACAGGAUGUAUGCAAUGACCUAUCAAUAGCUCCGAGCUACUUCCUUCAGACUGUGUGGGCUCUAGUUCUUCGAUGUUACACUGGCAUGGACGAAGUUUGCUUUGGCUACUAUGCCUCCGGUAAGAAGGCCUCUGUCGGAGUCUUGCCUUGCCGACUUGGAUUGAAUGAUAAUUUCAAACUUCGAGACGUCUUACAGAAGAGAAAAGAAGACAUGGAGAGGGCGCUGAGAUAUCAGAUGUCCCUUUUUGAAAUCCAACGGGCCAUCGGCUCUGAAAACCCUGCGAUCUUCAAUACGGCCUUCAGAUACAGGAAGUCUUCGGCAGGAGUAGCUGAUUUCAGCAACAUACUUCUUAGCCAGGCUGAAGACAAGCUAGAUCGGUAUCUCAUCGUUGUUGACGCUAGCAUCUCUGGGCUUUCCGCCGAGAUCAACUUUGAAUAUCAGACAAGCAGCGUUUCGGACAAUGACAUGAAAACUAUUAUCGAUUGCUUUGAAUGCACUCUUAACUCGGUCCUCACUAAUGUCGAGCAAGCCCGGUCCAUUAGAGACGUGGAGUUCCUUGGGACGCGUUCUCGCCAACAAAUGAGUGCUUGGAACGCAACCCUUCCUGAAAUGCCGAAACAGUGCGCGCACACGAUCAUCCAGCAGCAGGCACUCGCACGACCUUCAGCACCAGCCAUUUGCUCCUGGGACGAGAAUUUCACAUAUGCACAGCUUGAUCUAUUAACAACUAAGCUUGCCCACUACUUGAUGGAUCGAGGUGUUGGUCCGGAAGUCUUUGUUGGCUUGUGUUUUGAGAAAUCAGCUUGGGCCGUCAUUGCACAAGUUGCUGUUCUAAAAGCCGGUGGUGCCUUUGCGUCCCUAGAUCCUACUCACCCCGAAAGCCGGUUGCAAAGCCAGAUUGCUGAUAUUGAUGCUCCGAUUGUGUUGUGCUCCACUCGAUAUCUGGAGAAAAUAUCCCGGGUAUGCAAGGCUGCGCUAGAUGUCAGUCAAAGUACAUUGGGCCAGAUUCCAACUCCAUUAGCUCUCAAAACACUGCCGAUGUUGAGCGUUAAUAAUGCAGCCUACGCAAUAUUCACAUCUGGAACAACUGGAAAACCUAAAGUAACUGUUCUUGAACACGCUGCACUUGGGGUGGCCUCUGUGUCUUUCGCUGAUAGAUUUGGGAUGGGCACGGAGACUCGUGUGAUACAAUUUUCAAGCUACACCUUUGAUGUGAGCGUGCUCGAAACCAUAAUCACCCUCAUGACGGGUGGCUGCGUAUGCGUUCCGAGUGAUGAAGAACGUCUGAACGACUUGGCAGGUGCAAUUACGAGAAUGGGAGCAAACCUGAUAAGCUGCACUCCAUCUGUCACUAGUACACUCGACCCAAGCAAUGUUCUGACAUUGAAAACGAUUAUAAACGGAGGCGAAAAACUAAUGGAAAGUCAGAUCACUCGUUGGUCAGACAGGCGGAUGUUCAACGCAUACGGGCCUUCCGAAGCUACGGUCAUUGCCACCACAAGCCUGAAAGUUGACCAGGAUGGAAUACGGCUGGACGACGACUGCAACUCUAUUGGUACUGCCGUGUGUGGAAGAGCUUGGAUUGUGGAUCCCCGCAAUUAUAAUCGACUCCUUCCUGUCGGGGCUGUAGGAGAACUAGUGCUGGAAGGAUACAACAUCGCCCGUGGCUAUCUCAACAAUGUCAAGAAAACGGAAGAAGUUUUCAUCACCCAGCCCCAGUGGUGCGAAACUGAAGAGACGCGAAGUGUAUUCAGGUACACUGGACGAAUGUAUCGGACCGGUGAUCUGGUCCGUUAUAAAUCCGACGGAAAUAUCUGCUUCAUUUCUCGCAUGGACACACAAGUCAAACUUAAUGGCCAGCGCAUCGAAUUGGAGGAAAUUGAGCAGCAAUGCGCCACUCUAUCACCAGCUAAUACACAGGUGGCAGUCGACAUCGUGGUACCGGAAACAAAGGCUAUCGCUAAAACGCUAGCUGCUUUCUUUACUGUUGAAUUACACUCAGCUCCGGAAGAGGAUGCCUCUUCAAGCGUGCUACUUGGUUUGUCUGAUUCUACCCAAAAGACCAUUGGGGAGCUUUAUAGCUCUUUGACCCAAAAUUUGCCGCAGGUUAUGAUACCUAAGCUCUAUUUCCCCGUCCGAUAUCUACCCCUGGGUACGACUGGUAAGCUUGAUCGCAAAGGACUCCGAACCAUGGUCCAGGCCCUUUCCAGAGACCAGUUGAAGCCUUACAUGAUCUCAAACUCUGGAUCUGGGCGGGCGAUAGAGCGAGCAGCAAAAUCGACACUCUGUGAUCUAUGGGCAGAAGUUCUGGAGGUUGAGCCAGGCUCCAUUAGUGCGGAAGAUAGCUUCUUCGGACUAGGUGGCGAUUCAUUUUCCGCCAUGAAGCUCGUUGGAGCCGCAAGGUCCCAGGAUAUUUCUUUGACUGUUACCCAGAUAUACGAACAUCCUGUCCUAACAAACAUGGUCAGGUGCUGCGAGAACGCCGAAGAAACCGCGGAAGGACCAGACCUUGAGCAAUUCAGUCUUGUCCCUCAGUCGGCACCAUUGCAUGAUAUCCUGCAUGAAGUCUCUGACCAAUGUGGAAUUGCUGAGGAUGUCAUAUCUGAUAUCUACCCUUGCAGCCCAGUACAGGAAGGGUUGCUUACGCUGUCCAUUCAACACCGUGGGGCCUAUGUUGCACGGUCCAUUUAUCGACUGGCCGCCGAUGUUGAUAUUGAGAAAUUUAAAGCCACCUGGCAGCAAGUUGCUGACGAGUUUGAUAUCCUCCGGACUCGGAUUGUCCACGUCGAGGAUGUUGGUUUCCUCCAAGUCGUCCUGAAAAGGGAGCGGAUCUCCUGGACCCUUGAGACGACGCUUGAUGAUUCAAAUGAUGAUCCCAUGAGUGGCAACGGAGGACUUUUGGCCAAGUACGCAAUUGUCCAACUUGGACCCUCCGUGCGUUACUUUAUUUGGAAAGUCAACCAUGCUCUCUAUGAUGGGUGGAACAUCCCACGCAUUUUGAAGAGAGCCGAGGACAUCUACUCCAAUUUUCCAGGCAAGAAUCUAACAGUUUCGUACAAGCUCUUCAUCCACCAUCUACUCCAGCGUGAUAUAUCGCAAUCGGACGAAUUCUGGAAAUCAUAUCUGGGCGGUCUGUCCUGUGAGCACUUUCCUGCGCAGAAAAACAGGGAAUCGAGUUAUUCUGGGGCUGGAGGCAUCCAACUCAGCAGUCUAACUAUUUCAAGGACAACCGGGGUUGCUGAUAUCACCAUUCCCGAGUUGAUUCGUGCUGCAUGGGCAGUCGUGCUUUCGGUCCACACUGGGUCUAGCGACGUCUGCUUUGGUGAAACCCUAAUGGGUAGGAAUAUUGAUAUGCCAGGAGUUACUGACGUUGCGGGACCCGUGUUGACGACCGUUCCAAUGCGCAUACGGGUGGAAAACAAACUCCCAGUGGUCCAAUACCUGUACGAUGUGCGCCAAAUGACAACAGCGAUGAUACCUCAUCAACACCACGGUCUUCAGAGAAUACAGAAGCUCAGCGGUGACACAGCACUUGCGUGCAAUUUCCAGAACCUGCUUGUGAUACAGUCUGAUGAUGGCCAGCUCAACCAAAAUAUAUGGAGCCCAGAGAAUCAGCAGACUCGAGGAGACUUUUUCACUCAUCCUCUCGUUGUGCAAUGUCAAAUCUCCGGUUCCACGCUAAAUAUCCAAGCCCAUCACGAUGAACUAGCUCUCGACAAUUGGCAAGCCGAAAGGCUGAUAGAGCAAUUCUGCUUUGUUCUCGAGCAGCUUCUCAAGGUUCCUCGAAGCAGUUCACUCAUGGUAGGGGGUAUUGAUAUCACCAGCCCGUUAGAUAAAAAGGAUAUUGCCAAAUGGAACCAACGCCAGGUGCCAUGUAUCGACAAAUGUGCUCAUGACAUGAUCCGGGAGCAUUCUCUCUCACAACCGCAAGCGCCUUCCAUAUGCUCAUGGGAUGGGAGCUUUAAUUACCGGGAAAUGUUCGAGCUUGCUUCCUCCUUCGCGGAAUACCUGGUAUCUUGCGGAGUAGGUCCGGAAACAUUUGUCCCAGUCUGUUUGGACAAGUCUCUUUGGGCAAUUGUCACUAUACUAAGUGUCCUUCUGGCGGGAGGAGCCUUUGUUCCGCUCGACCCUUCGCAUCCGACCUCGAGGCACAAAGAGAUCUUGGAAGAAAUAGAAGCAGAUAUUAUACUCUGUUCUCCACAGUUACGCAACCGCUAUCUAGGCUCCGUCGGCACAAUUAUUCCUGUGAGCAAAAACACUAUCACGGCCUACGCUGCUGUCACAACCAACAAGAAAUCGCGCGCCACCGUUUCACCUUCUAAUAUGGCAUAUGCGAUAUUUACUUCAGGAAGUACAGGCCGCCCUAAAGGGAUAGUAAUUGACCACCGCGCAGUCUGCAGCAGCAUUAUGGGCUUUGCCUCUGUUAUGCAUCUGAACAAGGACUCCAGAGUCUUCCAAUUUGCAUCUCUUACCUUCGACGCCGCCAUAUUAGAGGUUCUCGGAACUCUAAUGCUAGGAGGCUGCAUCUGUGUUCCGAGUGAUGAUGAGCGUUUAAACGAUAUUCCAGGAGCAAUGCAGCGAAUGAACGUCUCAUGGACGUUCUUGACGCCUUCUGUCGCCUCUAUCCUUGAACCAUCAUCUGUACCCUCCUUGAAGGUGCUUUCCUGUGGAGGGGAAGCACUAUCUCGCGAGGUGGUAAUGAAAUGGGGAAACAGACUGAAGUUCCUUGGAGGCUAUGGUCCUACUGAAACAGUCGUAUUCGCGGUUGUGAACGGCGACUUUGUCAACCAUGGCUUCGCCUGUAUCGGCUAUGGAAUCCCGUGCACUUUAACUUGGAUAGUCGAUCCUGAGGACCACCACCGACUGAUGCCUUUGGGAACGGUUGGUGAACUUGCAUUAGAAGGGCCGGCUCUUGCAAGAGAAUAUCUCAAAAAUUCUACGAAGACAGCGGAAACUUUUAUCAAUGAACCCGCCUGGGCCAAGAACUUCCCAAGCUCAUUGUCUUCUACUAGGAGAAUAUACAAGACUGGUGACCUUGUUAAAUAUAACUCCGAUGGAUCGAUAGAGUACCUUGGUCGUAAGGAUCACCAAGUCAAGCUGCAUGGACAACGUAUGGAGCUCGGAGAGAUCGAACAUCGCUUGCUUGAAAGCCAGAAUGUUCGAAGCGCAGUUGUGAUUCUUCCUCAUACUGGCCCACUCCGACAGAAGCUAGUUGCAGUUAUUUCUCUCAAGUCACUAGCAUCUGACUCGAGCACGAUUACAACAGGAGCCUGCGAGCUGCUAAGCCAAAGGGACAUGUUGAGAGUCGGACAUCAGGAAGCCAAUGCAACCCAAAAGAGCAUUGAGGCGCAGCUGCCUCAUUACAUGGUCCCACAAGUUUGGGCAGUUGUUAAAAACAUUCCGAUGCUUGUGUCUGGAAAAUUGGACAGGAAGAGAGUCACAAGCUGGCUUGAGCAACUUGAAGACUCCGUAUACGAUCGGAUCAUGCAGGACUACGAUACUGCGACUUACGAUAUUGCAGAGGAGGGGAAGGCGCAAGAAAAUGAAGCUGAAGCCCCCACUCUUCUUCGAGAGAUCUUUGCCCAGGUGUUGAAUCUACCGCUAAACAAGCUCGAUGCAAGCCGUUCAUUUAUCUAUCUUGGUGGAGACAGCAUCACCGGAAUGGCGGUGGUAUCAAAGGCGCGUAAGCGUGGAUUGAAUCUACCUCUCAGUCGUAUUCUCCAAAGCAAGUCCAUUGGAGAGCUUUCUACAAGCCUUGAGGCUAAGCCACGCCAAGUCAAGAACGAGGGAGAUUCAAGCGGUGCCUUUCAACUGUCUCCAAUUCAAAAGUUGUUCUUCCGCUCAUCGCAUGCUGUACCCAAGAACUGUGAGCGGUUUAACCAGAGCAUGACUGUUCGCCUCACCCAGAGGGUGCAGCCAAGUGUACUAGAGGAUGCUCUACGGGCUGUUGUCCAAAAGCACACCAUGUUUAGGGCACGCUUCGUCAAGUCCAAGGAAGGAACAUGGCAGCAAAUGGUUACAAAGGAGAUUGAUUCGUCUUACAAAUUCCGCACUCAUUCUGCCAAAAACUCCAAUGAGAUGCUAAGCCGAAUUGGAGAUACCCAAUGCUCUUUGGACGUUCAGACAGGACCUGUAUUUGCUGCAGACCUCUUCGACAAGAAUGGACAGCAGGUUCUAUUUUUGGUAGCGAGCCAUCUGUGCGUGGAUGUCGUCUCCUGGCGCAUCGUUCUCCAGGAGCUUGAAGAUUUCAUUAACACUGGGUCACUAUCUUCCGAUGCGCCGCUCUCAUUCCAAUCCUGGUGCAACAUACAACUUGAGAGCAGCAAACCCACCAAGUCCGUCGAAGUUCCCUGCCAAUUGCCCGACCUUGGCUACUGGGGUAUGACCCAAGUGCCGAACAGUUAUGGACAAGUCAAAAUGCAAAGUUUCACCUUGGACAAACAAACCACUGCAUUCAUUUCUGGGCAAUGUCAUGAAAUCCUACGAACCGAGACAAUUGAGGUCUUGCUUUCUGCUGCUCUACAAUCGUUCAGCCGCAUCUUCACCGAUAGAGAUACUCCCACAAUCUAUAAUGAAGGCCAUGGGCGUGAAGCUUGGGAUUCUUCUGACCCUUCCGGAACGGUUGGUUGGUUUACCACUCUAAACCCUAUCCAUGUUCAAACGAGUUCAGAUCUUCUCGAUACAAUGAAGCAUGUUAAGGACACACGGCGUCAAAUUGCUGCGCUCAGUCAAACCUUUUUCGCGCAGGAUGUUCUCCACCGCAAUAGCAACAAAUUCCCUGUACCACUUGAGAUCCUCUUCAACUACCUCGGCAAGCUCCAACAGCUCGAACGAGACGAGUCAAUCUUCCAGCACUACGGCGAUGUGUUCAAUGCCGAGACAAUGGACUCCGUUGGGGAUAUGGGAUCUGAGACACCCAGAUUCUCCCUCUUCGAGAUAACCGCGGUGAUAAUAAAGGAGCAACUGCAUGUCUCAUUCACCUACAAUCGCAAUAUGCAUCAGCAGACCCGAAUCCAAGCCUGGAUGGCCGAGUGUAAACGCGUUCUCGAAAUCGAUAUGCCCAAUCUCAGGAACGUUACACCGGAACCUACACUGAGCGACUAUCCUUUACUCCCCAUAACGUAUGAUGGGUUGAAGGACCUUACCGAGAAUACUCUCCCGGGACUUAAUAUACCACACUGGAGCCAGGUGGAAGACAUGUACCCGUGCUCUCCGAUCCAGGAGGGUAUCCUCCUCAGCCAGCUACGCGAUCCGCACGAGUACAUCUUCAACGUAAUCUUUGAGAUGCGAUGCUUCGGGCAAAAGAAUAUUGAUUUAACGAAAUUGAGAAACGCUUGGUCGAUGGUUGUCGCGCGUCACCCUAUCCUGAGAACAGCUUUCGUUGACAGCAGCUGCAAAGGCGAGUCCUUCGAUCAAAUAGUGAUCAAGAGAGCUAGGGAGACAAUAGUGGAAAUUGAGUGUGACGAUUCGUCUGCGCUCAGCAAACUCGACGCCAUCAGCCUUCAAGACAGCGACAAGUCCACAAAAGUCUAUCAUCAGCUGGCCUUCUGCAAAACAUCUACUGGAAGAAUACUAGUGAAGUUUGAACUGAAUCACCUCAUUGUUGACGGUGGAUCCUUUUCCAUUCUGAUGAGGGAACUGGCGUUAGCCUACAGCAAUCAACUUCCACUAGGAUCAGGACCAUUAUUUAGCGACUAUAUCAAAUACCUCAGGCGGGAAUCCUCUGCCCAAGCCCUGGAAUACUGGAAGAAGCGCCUCGCCGGUGUUCGCCCGUGUCAUUUGCCAGUUGCUACGGGUAAGAGCGGUGCCCGCCAACUAGGUACUCGCAUGGUGCCAUUCGAUCGGUUCGCCGAGCUUCAAUACUUCUGUGAGACAAACUCGAUCACUCUUGCGAACCUAAUCCUUGCGGUAUGGGCAAUAUUCCUGCGUAGUUAUACACAGUCUGACGACGUCUGUUUCGGUUACCCAUCCACCGGCCGCGACUUGCCCGUUUCUGGGAUCCAGGAUGCGGUGGGGAUCUUCAUCAACAACAUAUGCUGCCGAGUCAAGUUCCAGUCAGACCAGACGCUACUCGGUCUCUCCAAGUCUGUGCAGGACGAUCAUAUCAAGAGCCUUGCCUAUCAACACGCUUCGCUCGCGGAGAUACAACAUGCGCUGGGUAGACAGGGCAAGCCUCUGUUUAACACUUGUAUCUCCAUACAGAAUCACUCAGCUGACAAGGUCGAGGUUGCGGGGAUUUCAUAUGAGUUCCAAAAGGCGCACGAUCCUUGCGAGUACCCGCUUACUGCAAAUGUUGAGACUGCACGAGGCCACGAGGGUAUUUUAUUGAGAUACUGGGCUGAUGCCGUCACAGAGGUAGAGGCAGCCACUUUCGCCGGUGCUGUUGCUAGGAUCCUCACCUGUUUUGCGGAAAGCCCCUCCACGCCAAUUUCAAGCCUGGAGAUCGGAGGGAAAGAGAACUAUACGGUCACAGAAAAGCUUCUAGACCGGAACUCACUUGAAAAAAUUGUUGACGAGCGUAUCAAGGUCAUUAUCAAGCAGAUUCUCGGUGAGAGCAAACUCGCAUCAUCCUUGGUCAAACCCCACGACGAAGCUCUAUCAGAAAGUUUCCAUCAUAUUGAGAAGGGUAUCAAGAACUCUCUUCAAAACUUAGCUAUAGGAAGGGAAAUGACGCCUUCGGACUCCAUGCAAACACUCACCCCUGACGACAGAGUCCCGACUAACACCGAGAACCAGCUUUGGAGACUUUGGAGCAUAACAUUAGGACUGCCACCACACCCCAUAAAGUACCAAGACAGCUUCUUCAAGCUAGGUGGUGACAGCAUCACGGCUAUGAAAAUGGUUCGCGCUGCACGAGAUGAAGGAAUGAAACUGAGCGUUGGUGAUGUGUUUCAGCAUCCCGUGUUCGAAAAAUUGGUAUCUUUAAUCAAUGGUAGGGCGAAGCCAGUGACAUCAAACCUCAUGGCCAAACAUGUGGAGAACAUUCAGAACAUGGAGAAAUUGGCUGAAGACAGGCCUAUGCUACCAAAAAGCGAAUCCUCUCAAGAAAUAUCCAUCUUGAGGCCGAUCGAACUUGAUGAAACAUCGCUGCGUGCAGCAAUCUGUCCCAAGGUUGGUGUAUUCAAGGGGGGCAUAGUCGAUGUUUUGCCUGUGACAGAUUUCCAAUCCCUCUCCCUCGCAGCGACCAUGUUUGAGUCAAGAUGGAUGUUAAACUAUUUCUACCUCGAUGGAAAGGGCUCAUUAGACAUCCGGCGGUUGAGAGAAAGUUUCCUCCGCGUUGUUGACGCUUUCGAUAUUCUUAGGACGGUCUUCGUGAGUUUUCAUGGACAAUUUUUCCAGGUUGUCCUGCGCAAGAUUCGGCCUGAUAUCUUUGUCCACGAAACGGAGCAGAGUUUAGACGAAUAUACCAAGUCCUUGCAGCAGCGAGAUCGAAGCGAGCCUCCAGGGCAAGGGGUGCAAUAUGUGCAGUUCUAUGUCGUCAGAAAAGUCAACAGCGACGAACACCGAAUCCUCAUCCGCAUGUCGCAUGCUCAAUUUGACGGUGUCUGCCUAUCAAAAAUCAUGACUUCUAUCAAAAUGGCCUACGAAGGAAGCCCUAUUUCACCUUCGUCGUUCUUGGGUUAUAUGCGACUCCUGCCAGGAACAAUUACACCUGAACACUACCAGCACUGGAGUACUUUGCUCAAGGGAUCCAGGAUGACAGAGAUUGUUCAGCGAGACAGGCCAAAUACAUUCCAACAUAUAGGUGGUUUCGCGGAACAAAAGAAGGUUAUAGAGAUUCCUUCUACUGCAACAGAGAGUAUCACUAUCGCCACUGUCAUGCAAUCUGCAUGGGCAGUCACCCUUGCAAAAUUGUGUGCCCAGGAUGAUGUCGUCUUCGGUCUCACUGUCAGCGGAAGAAAUGCAGUUCCUGGUGUCGAAAACACCGUAGGCCCAUGCCUCAACCACAUCCCUAUUAGGGUUAGGUUCAAAGAUCGCUGGACUGCACUGGACCUAUUCCGCUUUCUCCAGGACCAGCAAGUAGCGAAUAUGGCCUACGAGUCCUUGGGCUUCAGGGAGAUUGCCAGACACUGCACAGACUGGCCGGAGUCGACUUACUUCACCACAUCAAUACUGCACCAGAAUGUCGACUACGAAGGGGAAAUGCAUCUUGACAACAACCCCUACAGGAUGGGCGGCGUGGGUGUCAUUGACAAUUUCACCGACCUCUCACUCUUUUCUAAACCGGUUGCUGGCCAACCCAACCAACUCACCGUUUCCCUAGGAUACUCGCUCAAGGGUCCUAUGGAUCCCAACUUCGUUUCCACGGUUCUUGAUAUGGUCUGCGACACAGCACAGAGCUUUGUCGCAAACCCCAACGUUGCACUACCUUCUCCUUCCAUGCUCCGCUCCCUACCUCCACAGCGCGUUGAAGAGAUCCCCGCCGCCUCAGGUAGCGACAGCUUCCUUCUUUCAUCGUUAAACAACCGCAGUCUAUCAGAGAUCCUUGCACAUUCGGGCCUCAUCACCCGCAUCUGGAAGCAAGUCUUGCCACCCAGAUCAAGCACGAGCAAACCACAAACCCCAUUCCAACUCGACUCCUCCUUUUUCAGACUUGGCGGAGACAUUGUGAGCAUGGCGCAGGUCGUUUGGAUCCUAGAGCAAGAAACUGGCUUGCAUAUCCGCCUUGAAGACCUUCUAGCACACUCAACGUUCCUUGGUCAUAUGGCCGUACUGGCUUUCAAUCUCGCCGACCGCGACACGGGAUCCGAGAACUCUUCAGAUGUCGCGCCAGCCUACGUUCCUGCUGAUGCGUCGAAGACAAUGUCUCUUCCAACACAGGAGGUAUUGCCCAUUAUCCCCGUUAAGAGCGAAUGGAGUGCCCUGGACAGGGCUAGACUUUUGGCGAAAAAUAUCACCAAGUUUGGUGGUUUGUCUGCGAGGGCGUGA